CCACAACCCACAAGCCCACACGAACCCACAACCAACCCGCUCCCACACUCACGAACCCACAAACCAGACUUCCCCUCUCUCUCUCUCUGUUCUCCUCACGAGCACGAACCCACAACCCCUCACGAACCACGACGAGGACGAUCCAGGACCACGACGACGACGAAGCACUGAACUUCACUGAAGUGAACCAUUGAACCACGAAAAGAUGGCUCCCAGACUCAUUAUUCCAGCACCCGAGCAUUUCACUGGCCGCGUCACAUAUAGGGGCACUGGAAUUUUUGCAAAAAUCAAAGCUCGGUUUGAGGAGUUCAACCUUAAUAACACGGCGAAGGAAAGCCGUUUCGGGAGCUUCUGGAAUGUCGUACCACUGACAUUCUCCUCGGUGUUAUUUCACCAGCUGAUGCUCCACAAAAUGAAAGUGGAUGCUCAGGAGGAGUUGAGGAUGAGGUUUUAUGUUGGUCGGAAGGAGGUCCGAUUCGGGGUGCUGGAGUUUGCACUCAUUACGGGUUUGGACUUCUCCUCGGGGCCAACAGAAGAGGAGAAGGCUGCGCAGGUCGCGCGCUCGGGGUCAGACCGAUUGAUCAACAAAUAUUUCAACCGGUCUGAUAGUGUGAAGACAGAAGCACUCCAACUUCAGUUCACAAACUGCCAGAACCCGGAAGACUUGUACAAGCUCGGCUUGUGCUUGUUUGUGGAGUCAGUGCUUCUGGGCUGCGAGGCCAACGCGCUGAUCACGCCUCACAUACUUAGAUAUGUGGAAGACCUCGAGUUCUUCUUCCGGAUUCCUUGGGGGAAGCACUCAUUCGCCAGACUCAUGCACUCGCUUCAGAAAGACAUGUUGAAACAGAAGGCCAACUACGAGAAGAAGCUGAGUUCGGAUGUUCAGCACGAGUGCAAAUACACAGCAUAUGGCUUCGCACCUGCAGUCCAAUAUUGGGCGUACGAGGCCAUUUUGGAGGUUGGCAAGAGGUAUGGCACGAACCACGGGAUUCGGUUCCCCAGGAUGCUUAGCUGGACGAGCAAAGGCGAUAUUGGGAAGAAAGACGUCAGCGCAUUAUUUUCUAGACGGAAUCUGGAAGUGGUGAAGGGGCUACUUCCACGGACAGAGGAGGAGGCAUUUGUGAGGACAAUAUCUUACGAUGGUGUGGAGAACCUGGUUGAUGAUGUUGUGGAUGACACAGAGGCUGAGGCAGGUAGUCAGGUACCAGAGACUCAGGUCCCAGACACUCAGGAAAGAGACACUCAGGCCACUGGUUCAGAACCUCAGCCCAGUGCACCAUCUUCAUCAGGCGUUCGGGGUGUCGAGUACACUGAUUUAGUGGCUCGGUUGGAUAGGAUCGAGGCUGACACUCAGGGUCUGUAUGCUGCUCAUGUCGAGCUGAAGAAGGCAUACGAGACCAGCCAUGUAGAGCUGAAGGGUGGUCAGAACGUAAUUAUGGAGCAGCUCAGACACAUAUUGGCCAUGUUGAAUCGUCCGCCAACGACAGCUUCAGCUCCGGAGGCCCCAGCAGAUCCAUCUACCCCACCACCAGCUACUUCACCCCCAGUAGAAGAGGAUGAGGUCUUCCCCGACGAUUACGAUCCUUAUGAGGGAGCUCCAGCGACUCCGAUCGAGGCACAACCUCUUAUCCAUGUACAUGACACCGAGUCGCAGGGUGAGAUUCUGUCCAUAGAGGCACAACCUGUAGUGGUUAAGAGUCGGAAGAGGAAGAGAAAGCCUCCUGUAUGGUUCGGUGACUAUACGGAGAUGAAGAGGAGACAUAGGCCAUCUUCGACUUUUGAUCCCCUGGAGCCACCGGAUGAGAAAUUGUUAACCACUUUCUGAAAGUGGUGUGUUGGACUCAUUCCGAACCACCGACUUCGGGAUUUGAGAAGUGGUGAUUACGGUCCAGGAUUCUUUUGGAUAAUGCUCACACCAAAGGAAUGGCUUACAGAUGACCAUAUAGAUGCAGCAAUGCAUAUGCUGAGGAGGCGACGCACCGACUAUCCACUGACAUUUCCUCAGAAGGGUAUCAUUCUCUCCACAUUCGUGACCGCCAUGAUCAGCAGUGCAUGGACGAGCCACAAGGGUCCGAGGAAAAACUUUAAAUGGGAGGAAUAUAUCCUGGACUACUGCACAGGGGCUCAUAAGGUAUUGUUUUAGUAAGAUUUUAAAUGUCAAUUGUUUGGGAAGAUUAUUAUGGUUUGUUAAUUGUUUCGUUGUUCUCUGUAAUUACAGUCCCAAGUCUUUGAGAGAUGGAGGGGUAACGAGUUUAUUUACUUCGUUCUGAACCUUCCCACGGCAAGGCACUGGGUCACAGUUGAAGUCGACAUAGAGCUGUGGAAAAUUAAUGUCUACGACUGUGAUUCCAGCGUCUGUCAUUGGACCGCCAUGGAACCCAUCAUGAAGGUUUGGGCAGAACUGCUGCCCUCGCUAAUCCUUGCAACCGGGGAAUUUCCACAUAACAACCAGAUCAUGGUGUUAGCUAACGGUGACAUCACGGUGCUUCCAAAAAUGCACGCGACUCGAGCCACUCAUGACUUAGUUCCGAAGUCAGCAACCAGUGGUGAUUGUGGCGUGUAUUGCAUUGAGUAUGUGGAGCAUCUCAUGAUGCAGCGUGGAUUGACCGAUGUGACGCCAGACCGGAUAGCCAUGUUUCGUCAACGGUGGUGUGUCGAUUUAUUUUACCAAAAUGUUGGCUGAUUAUAUGUGUAAUUAUUGGGACAUUGUAUAUUUUGUGUAAUUAACAUUACAGUUAUGUAUAUAUAGAUUUUCUUUUCGUUCAAAUUUUGAUAAUUAUACGUGGUUUCAAAUAUAAAAUAUCAACAUUAUUCAACAAAAAUAACUAUUAAACCUAAAAAUAAUUAAAAUAUUUGAAAAAUAUUCAACCUCAACAAAAAUAACUAUGACAAAAUAUGCAUCAUUACAAUAUAUCAAAUUUCCCAACGAAUACGUACAAGACGCCUCAGAUGCGGGCUUUGCAUGUUGCU